CACAACCGUCCUCGAAUGGACUUUCGGUUCAGUUUUCAACAGAUUCCAUGUUCUUGUCUAUGUGUUUCAGAUGUUCUCUCUUCUCUUCUUCUCUCAAUCCUAUUUUCCUUUUUGGUCGCCGAGAAAAUUGAUUUUUUAAAAAGAUUUUUCUACACUUUGCACCAUCUUUUUUCAUUUCCUACUAAUCACAUUAUUCAACUUCUUUGAAAAAAAUAAAAUCAUUCAAAUGCUACCCAAUUGAUCUUCGGAACCCAUUAUUUUCCUUGAAAUUAGUUUAUUUUUGGCUAUCAUCUUAUAAUUUUUAAGUUUGAAAGGGACGGCUGUGUUCGAUUUCUUCGAUUUUUUUUGGUUAGGGGUAUAUAUGGUUUUGUAGUUUUCUGGGUCGUCGUUUACUUUUAAAGUUUUAUUGAAUGAUUGGAUAAUGACCGAGUCAUCCAAAGUAAGGUUGGUUCGGUGUCCAAAGUGUGAGAAUCUCCUUCCAGAACUUGAAGAUUAUUCUGUGUAUCAAUGUGGUGGUUGUGGUGCUGUUCUUCGAGCCAAAGUUAAAAAUCGGGAGACUGACACUUUAUCUGAGAAGUCUGAAGAAGAGAAAAUUGGAGAAGCUUCCACCAAAUCGCCCACUUCCUCUGAAAAGGGAAUAGCGGACUCGAGUGAAGCUUCUGAUACAGAUAAGGCAGAUUCUGGUUCUUUGAGGUGCGAUCAAGGGGUCUCACAGAAGAAUGAGGUUGAACUUGCUGACAGAUUUACAAAUCAAUCUAAGGUUACAAAUGACAAUACGGGUGUUGAGCGUGGCCUUGAUGUGAACACUAGGAAAGAUGAAACAGAUAAUGCAAUAGGAAUUCAAAAUAGGAAUCUGAAUUCCAGAAUUGGAUAUACAGGUGGUUCCCAAAGAUCAGGACAGAUGUCAGAUUGGCAAACUGGAGAGAGAAGUGAGGCGGAAGGAUCUCACAAAACAAUGAGAACUGAUGCUGGAGGUGUAAGAUUUCUGACUUCAAAUUAUCCUGAGGAGGGCCCUUCAAGUUACCAUUCAAAUUCUUCUUAUUGUUAUAGGGAGCCAUUAAGGAACCGUACUGGUCUGGAUGGGGCUAAUAGAGUUCAGUACCUUGAACAAGAUCGAGUUGAGCUUCUGAGGAAGCUAGAUGAGCUUAAGGAACAGGUUAGUCGGUCUUGUGAUGUGGCGGAGAAACCAAAGGAGAAAGUUCCUGUUGAUGGGAGAAUAGUUCCUCCAGAUCCUUUUGGUGGUUCUGAUUCAUGGCUUCCAAAUGGUUCUUUGGGAUCAGAUCAAUCUUCAAUGCCUUUUUCGGGGCCUGAUAAACAUGUUGCAGGGCCUUCUUAUUUCAAUCAUGGCCCUGAUCCAUUUCCCUAUACAAAUGGCCAUAAAAUGCCUUUACAUGGUUUACACCCUUCAAUACAUAACCCAAAUCAUGUUCCUGGGUAUGGGGAUCCUUUUGAAUCCCAAGUGCUCAGGCGAGUUUCCAACCAGUUGCCCAGUCAAUACCAACAACCACCAUCUCAUCCAUACUUUUCUGGACAAUAUGUUGACACAACCCAUUAUCCCUUUGAGUCAUACCAACAAAAUGCUAUCUUUCACCAGCCUUCCUACUCUUGUUACCAUUGCUAUGACAAACAUCAACAGGUUUCAGCUCCAGUCCAAUCCACUGCUUUUGGAAACAAACCAAAUAAUUCUAUGUUAUACCAUCAUGAAAUUCCAGGAGCAUUUGGUCCGUGUGUUCAUAAUUUUGGUGUUGCUGUUCCUCCAUCAAAUUUUCACGGUCCACAAUCCCACACAAGACAGCCGAGUGACCUUAAUUCCAAAAUGGGUGGUUUUGUUCACUGCUAUCCUCGGAGGGUGGUUUUAGCCAGUGGUGGCCGCCAUUGCCGUCCAAUAGCUGGUGGUGCCCCAUUUUUUAUAUGCAAUAAUUGUUUUGAGCUACUGCAACUGCCCAAGAAAGCGAAGCUUAUGGCUAAGAAUCGGCAAAAAUUGCUGUGUGGAACAUGUUCAUUGAUUAUCAAUUUUGAAGUCAUCAAUAAGAAACUUGUUCUUUCUGCUCAAGCUGAAACAAAACAAAUUGCCACAGAAGUCGAUAAUAGCUCUGUUGAGGCAGUGAAAGAGUAUAUUUCGCAUUCCCAUGGUCAUUUUGACCGGAGUGGAGCUAAUUUCUCUUCUGAUGAUUAUGAUAAUUCUGGUUAUGACUUUGAGGCAAUGGAUAGAGAGCCUGUCCCAUUGCCGACAGACCAAGUUUUGAACUUAGGCAAGCCUCUGGAGAUGCAAAGCCUCCAUUAUUCAUCUCCUAGUACCUGUGAAGAUGAAACUAGUCCAGAGGUUUUAAUUGCUCAAAAAGAGGUCACAAAAUCUACUCAGCAGCCUACUAAAGCGACUCUGUCUCCACCACCUGCUGGUUCACCACUUCAAGAGCAUUUUGAUUAUUCUUCUAAUAAUCAUGCUGUUAAUCGAUUUGGAAAGGGAAAUAGAAGUAGUCGCUCUGAUCAAGAGAAGUUGAUCCCAAACAGGGUUGCCACAAGACAAAAUUCUUUAAAAGAGGCAUCAUUGGCAACUGAGAUGGAGGUACCAUUAAAUGAGUACUCUAAUACUGUGAUGUCUCAAGAUUCAGGGGAUGUAAUCAGAGAAGAUGAUAUUCCCAGAACCAACAAAGGGAGCGAAUCGUUUUUUGCAAACAUUUUCAAGAAGAGCUUCAAAACUGACGACCAUGGCAAAAGUAAUGUUUCAGUAAAUGGCCAUGUUAUACCAGACCGUGUUGUUAAGAAGGCUGAAAAGUCAGCUGGACCAAUUCGUCCUGGACAGUAUUGGUACGACUUCCGUGGUGGAUUUUGGGGUGUCCUGGGUGGGCCAUGUCUCGGCAUAAUUCUUCCAUUCAUUGAAGAAUUCAACUAUCCCAUGCCAGAAAACUGCGCUGGUGGAAAUACUGGAAUUUUCGUCAAUGGAAGAGAACUUCACCAAAAAGAUUUGGAUUUGCUUGCUCGUAGAGGACUUCCAACUGAGAGGGAUAGGUCUUACAUCAUUGAGAUUUCUGGGAAAGUUGUGGAUGAGGACACUGGAGAAGAGCUAGACAGCCUUGGCAAACUUGCUCCAACAGUUGAGAGGGAACAGCAUGGAUUUGGCAUGAAACCUAGAGUGGCUGCACAGUGAAAUUUUAAAGAUCAUUAAGUUUUAAUGUUGAUCCAGAGCUGUUGAAGAUAUCAAUCCAUACACCCUGAUACAUAAAAGCUAUUGCUUUGAAGGUUCAUAUUUAGCUUAUUUGAGGCUUUCUGGUUGUUAAUGUUGCACGAUCAAAGUGUUGGUUUGCUAAAUUUUGCAUUUGUAUACGUGAACCCUGUAAUUUUCCCACAAAUUUUCGUUGUUACCAAAUGUUUACGGAAGGUUUUUCGUGUUGUAUUA